AUGUUUCGAGAAAUUGUCGCUUUAAGACAAAUAUCAGAGAAUCGUUAUAAAGUGAGGGAGAAAGAUAUUUUAGACAUAACAGAAGUAUAUGUUUUACCCUUUACACAUGUUGAUCCAGGUUGGCUAGAAACAUUCAACAGUUAUUUGAAAAAAACAAACGCCAUUUUGAAUAAUAUGAUUGCAUUUAUGCAAAAUCAUCCACGGAUGCGUUUCAUGUGGUGUGAAAUUGCAUUUCUGGAACGAUGGUUGACAAUGCAAAAUGACACUGUUAAACGUUUGAUACGAAAGUUUAUUGAAAAUAAACAACUGGAAAUUGUAAGUGGUUCUUGGGUAAUGACAGAUGAAGCAACAACAUAUUUUCCAUCUAUUGUAGAUAAUAUUAUCGAAGGACAGCAAUAUGUGUACAAUGAAUUAAACGCAAAAGCUGAAGUGAUGUGGUCAAAUGAUCCAUUUGGUUAUGGACCAACGGUACCAUAUUUGUAUACAAAAACAGGUAUCAAUCGUGGUGUAAUUAAUCGAAUUCAUUAUAAUUUGAAAAAUUUUCUACGGGAACAUGGAGCGCUAUCAUUCCAUUGGCGACAAUUUUUUGAUGUAAAUGGUGAAAAUGAAAUGCAUACGCAUGUAUUACCAUAUAAUCAUUAUGAUAUAUUAAAUAGUUGCGGACCGGAUCCGGAUUUAUGCUGUCAGUAUGAUUUUAGAAGGAUGAAUCAUUUUAAAUGUUCUAAUAUUGCGCCUGCACCAAUCACAAAUUUAAGCAUUCAUAUAAGGGCAUUAAAAUUAGAAGAAGCAUUCCUAAAAAUGUCAUUUCAACAAGGAAGCAAUAUUUUAUUAUCAGUUUGGGGUGAUGAUUUUCGAUAUGAUGAAUUAGAAGAAUGGUUUGGUACGUUAACGGAAUAUUUUAAUGCAUUAGAACGAAACAAUAAUGCUAAAAAUCAUACACCACCAACUUUAUCUGGUGAUUUCUUUCCUUAUCAAUGUGCUGCAGGUGAUUAUUGGACUGGCUAUUACACCACGCGACCAUUUUAUAAAAGACAAGAACGAGAGCUACAUUCAUUUAUAAGAGUAGCAGAUUUGUUAAGUACCAGUGCUUUUGCGCAUUUAUCAAGUAAAAAGCGCCACUUUAUUCAACAACAACUUACAAUAGCUCGACGAAAUCUAGCACUUUUUCAACAUCAUGAUGCUAUCACAGGAACAAGCAAAAAUCAUGUAAUGAAAGAUUAUUCAAAGCGUAUGUUUACAUCAGUAAAAAUUGCCGAAAAUGUGCUUAAAAUUUCAUUAAACGCAUUACUACGCUCAAAUAAUUUUGAAAUUGUAAUCUUUGAUAAUUUUAAUUAA